AUAAAUAAUAAUUAGAAAAAUUUAUCGGUAUCAAUUGAUUAAAAUCCUUGAACGAGUAUUGUAAACAUGGAUACAGAUAGUAAUGGAAGCAUGGAUAUCUCACUCUGUAAAAGUCAUGAGAGUGUUGUGGGUGAUUAUGCACUUACAUCAGAUUCAACAAACGAUAUGCAUAAUUGUUAUAGUUCAGAAAAUGAUACCGACAGUAUCAUGAGGAGAUUGAGACAAUCUAACAGUGACACAUCAGACCGUUUAUCAUUUCAAAAUGUGUCAGAUACAUCACCUGUAAUCGGAAUCAGAAAUUCUAUUCAAAAUGAACAAUCAGAUCUUAAUGUGGAUGUUCAAUCAAAUUCAGAAUGCAGUAAUAGAUCUCAUGCAUAUUCACAUGUCAACAAUCACUACCUUAUAAAUGAAGAUGAAAAUAUUCCACAAAAUGUCGACCUUUUACCGAUUUUACAAGAUGUGCAGGAUUGUAUAUUGGAUACUAGCGACGAGGAAGACUUCAAUGACAUGGCACCUGAUGAUAAUGAAAUGGUUGAAGGUAGAUUUGCGAGAUUAGACGAAAUUAUAAAUAAUGAAGAGUAUAACGAGCCUCUAAACUUACUGAUAGGUAUUAGUCGAAUAGAAAUGAUAUUAACUGUCAUGAAAUAUUGUAACAAAUAUCAUGUACCAACUACAGGAAUAGUAGAUUUGUUUAAAAUGCUAAAUAUGUUUGUCCAUAAACAAGUUUUUCCAGAAAAUCGUUAUCAGCUCGACAAGCUAUUCAAUCCAGAAGAAGGUAGAGAGUAUCACGCUGUAUGUCCAACGUGUAAAGUGUACUUAGGAGUAUUUAAAAAGGGACUACGUACAAUGUUUUGCGAAGUGUGCGAUGAAAAUAUUAAUUUAAAAGAUCCUUCGUUUAGAGAUUAUUUUGUAAUGAUUGAUCCAGUUAGCGAAAUCCAAAAUCUUAUUGAAGCAAAUGAGGACUUCUACCUUGAUAUUAUAUCUCGUCGAAAUAAAGAAAGAAAUGUUUCUAUGACAGAUAUUUAUGAUGGCCAACGAUACAAACAAUUUCUAGCAUCGUUACCUGAGGACCGUAAAGAAAGUUAUGUGACCGCCACGUUUAAUAGCGAUGGGUCGCCUACUUUUAAAAGUUCUAAAUGUUCCGUUUGGCCAAUACAAAUUCUUAUCAAUGAACUUCCACAAAAUAUUCGAUGUCAAAAAACUAUUACUUGUGCGCUCUGGUUUGGACGGAAUAAGCCAAAUAUGACGUAUUUCCUACGUCCUUUUGUCGAUAAAAUGAAUGAACUUUCAGAAAAUGGAAUAUCAUGCAAACUAAAAAAUGGAACGAAAAAUUUACAUUUGUACGCAUUGUGCUGUUGCGUCGACGCUGUUGCUCGUGCACCUAUGCAGGGCAUUAUACAAUUUAAUGGCUACUUUGGGUGCAAUUGGUGUUUGCACCCAGGUGUGUGUUCGUCAUAAUACUGGAUAUUCUGUUAAGUACACAAUACUAGACGAACAUCCUGAAAAACGAACCGCAAAUACUACUUUUCAGCAUAUGCAAAGAGCAGUUGAAGCAAAUGCUCCUAUUUUUGGUGUAAAAAAUGCUACUCCUUUGUUGCUUAUGAAUGGCUUUGACAUAAUUGGUGGUUUUGUUCCAUGUCCAAUGCACUGCGUCGAUCUAGGAGUAGCUUAGCAAUUUUGCAACUAUUGGUUUGCCAUAUCUAAUGAACCUUAUU